AUGUUGCUAUUGAAAUCAAGGCAAAUAAUACCAAGAUUAGGAAUCACAUGUCAAUUGUUAAAAUAUUCAACUUUACCUAAAAAAGCCUCGGGACCAUUUACAAGUAAUAAAUUAAUUAGUCAGUCUGUAAAUGAAUCUUCAGAUGAGAUUAGAAAGACACUUGUCUAUAUAGGACCAUUUGCAGAAACGAUGAAAAGAUAUAAAAUGACAGCUUCAUUUUUUGGUUUAUGUGGUAUAAUUUCGGUACCUGCUUUAUUGAGUUCAGGGCAAGUGCCUGUUUUAAGUGCUGCUAUAGAAACCAUAUCAUUUUGGGGUCGUUUUAAAGAAGAGACAAUGUGGUUAUCCCAGUUACAUUAUAAACCUACAUCUAAAGGUUUAGUAUGGCAGCAAAAAACAGGUGCUAAACAUACAUUUACAUUAGAAAGAGAAAUCAUGGAUGCAGAUCCUUAUUUAAAGGCUUUAGCAGACCGUGUUCAAAGAAAAGAAGUAUGA